GCUCACCUGUCACUAAGCUAAAAAACACAUUAGAGCAACAACAGCACCUACAAUUAUGUCCAUCCUGCCCGCUGACCAGACUCCGGAACUAAUUUCUGAAAUGCUUGGGUAAUGAGAGCUGUGGAACGGAGAGGUUUUAGACCCUAUCUUGCGCGCUGCUAACCUGUGUUGGUACAUCUAAAAGAAUAAGAAUUGUCUUAAUUGUACUUCAGUGGUGACAGCUUAUUAUUUUAAAAGCGUCUAAAUCCAUAUAUCUUAAUCUCCAAAAUUUUAAACUUUGUAGAUAGACCUUCUUAAUCCAAUUUGUAAUCACUGUUAUGUAUCUGUUUAGUAACCCCCACCCCCAUAGACAUUGAUGAUCGUUAAGAAAAAAAAAUACAUCAUGUAUAUACUUUUUCUAAUUUACAUAUGUUUGUCUAGAGGCUUACUUAAAAAUAUUUGAAAUAUUGGUUUUAACCUAAAUCCUAUAGUAACACCCAUCUUCCCAAUUUAUUUUAUUACAAGACGGAUCAAAAGUAAUAUCAUAUAGUUUUAGUCUUAGAUCCUACAGCGACUGCCUUAAACUUGUCUUGAUUUUAUCACGAUUUUAUCUUAGGUGGACUUAUAUGUAUCAUUAUCAUCUGCAAAAGAAGUUUUGAUAUGGAUAAACAAACCUCUGAAUAAAUAUUGGCACUUCAUGAACUUAAAAGACAAUACGGAAGGGUAGUAGAGCAAUACCCUAACGAACAGACCCAAGUGUCAGAGAACCACUAAUAAAUUAUUGUUAAAAUCAUUCAAGUCAGUUUUCGUUUCUGCUUUUGUCACUCUCUCCAUCCCCGAUCAACAUAAAACAAAACUAAUAAGGUACAGUAUUGCGAUUUAAAUUUUUUAUUUUAUAUAAAGGCCCCAUGUGGUUCUGGGACGAUCUGUGUAUGAAAAAAAAAUGGAACCACUGCCUUACCCUUGCAUCAUCGUAAGAGGCGACUAAUAGGGUCUUAACACUUGGUUUUGCUGUAACUCUGUGAUUCCAGCAGGUAUGCAAAUUUUGAUUCCAUACCUCAUGUUUUUAUUUCGAUGUAAAUGAGAUGUGAAACCAAAAUUUGUAGUCCUGUUUGGCGCCAUAUAACCUAUACUGUGUUGGUGCGCCGUAAAACCAAAAUAAAUAAAUAAAUAAAUAUUUUAUACAAAGGGUCACAUAUAUUGGGUUGAGUUAAGUUACACUUACCCACAUUUGGAUAUAUUCUUUGGUAUUUUUUUAUAUUUUGGGUACUUAAACAUAUUUUACUAGUUUUGGCAAAACAUGCAAUGAUGCUGUGUUGAAUCAAUAGCUUGAUGUCUUAUCCACAUAAAGGGUAUUUUUGGUACUAAGUUACCCUCUGGGUAUAUGUAUUUAACAAAUUCUAUACCCGCUUAUAUAGUGUCUGUUGGAAUAGAUAUAUCAUUAAUUCAACACUUGUUAAUACACAAUGUGUAUCUGAGUCAUACGUUGCUGAUAUAAUACAUUACGACAUUGUAGAUUUUUUCCUAUCACGAGGGCGUGUUGAAUCAUACGACUGUUCAAUUUAUGCACUAUAUACAGUGCAUAUUUUAGCUUAUAAAUUACAUUUUCAGUGUUAGGAAAUGUAUUAAUAUAAGUUUUCGAGGAAAGCUUGUUUUCAGAUCUUUUACAUUAUUUUGAUUGUAAAUUUUAUUGUUUGUAUGUAUGUAUGUAUGUAUGUAUGUAUGUAUGUACAUGAUAUAUUUAAUAAAUACUGUUUAAACUAAUUACAUUUUACCCUUGUUGCACAGAUAGCGUUUUGUGCGUGUUUAUUACAAACUGUUUAAUGUUAUAUUUCCAGUUUCAUCACAAGAAAUUCCCCGAAAACCAUGGAUUUUUUUUAUGAUUUACUUUCCGGGGCUGACCCUCUAAGCCCUACCAAAACCAUAUUUGGGAAAUAGUUGCUGUCAUGGCAACACUGUCGUUCACCAUAUUACACUUCCUCAAAAUUGGUACAAGAAUGUCUUUUAGAAAUUUGCAGUCCAAAAACUAGUUGUUAAGGAAGAUCUACAACUAAAAUAAUUUAUACAUCUUUUAAAUAAAACAGAAAAGCUUGACAAAACAACAAGACUUUUAAAUGACAGGAAAUCCUGAAACUAAUGUUUAAUAAGUAUGUAAGAUACAUGCAUUUAAACGACAAAGCCAUUUUCCCAUAAUUUCUUUAUUGGUUUGGCAUACAAUGAAUAGAAAUAUUACGUUGAAUUUAGAAGCUGUUGGUCAUGGUUUGACUUACUUUACAAGUUCCUUUUUAUUUAAAUGAGUAAAAAUUACAUUUCAUAUUACAUGUAUUGGUUAUAUAUAAAAGAGAAAAGGCAACGGUAUUAGUGAUACCAGAAUGGCUGCCACUGCUGAGAGAUGUUUAAUGUCUUCCUUUUAGCAUUCAUUAUCCAAACAACCAUUCCCUUAUUUACAUGAUUCUGAAGUCAUAAUAAUAAUCAGCCAUACAAGACGUAUAUAUAUGAACCAUUCCUUUAAUUAGCCCUCUCUGUGCGCAAAUCGACAAUCCCUUUUGUUUGUAUCUUGGUCACUCUCUGGGAUUUACGUCAGCGCUCAAUACCAUUGAACACACUGGUCAGUAAAGACAGACGUUGACGCAAUUUGUUCACAUGUCUCUUUGUGAAACAUUUAAAUCUAAAGGAUGUAAACAGGGGAAAAACAGCUUGGAAAUAGUCAGUGUAGAUCGGCCUCAUUCAAGCGGCUUUUGUAAACACUUUAUUUAAAAGAAUUAAGGAACUAUUUCAACUUAGUCUACUAGUAAAUAAAACCACUUGAUCAUUGCAGUAAGUAUGAACGACAGAUAAACAACGGCUGUGUGUACAAAAAAUCUUCUAAAGCAUCACUGUCUCAGUUUAACAUUCAGAAUUUUGCAGAGAGGAAAACCCUUUGUAAGAAACCAAGGCUGUUAAAGGAAGAAGCUUUAAAGACGUCGACGAAAGAAGAAAAAGUAUCCACGAACGUUAACUCCACUGGUCUUAUUCAAAAAGCAUAUAUUUGUUUUGUGUCCCUUUAUACGAAUACUUCGACUGGGGCGGCAUUAACACAUUCGAAUAUGAAAUGUGAUAACAAUUGGGCCGAAAUAGGCCACUUUAAAUUCCCCGGCCAGAAGAAAUUGGCGAUACAUGUGCAUAUACACUCAGCAGGAAGUUGGCAAUAUCGAACACAGACAUUUACAGACAUGCGGACACAGACACGCGGACACAGUCGCGGAACAGACCGACCUACAAUCAUUACAGCUCUUCCAGGAGAGAAAAAAUGUCUAGAAAUACAUCAUCCAAAGAAAUUGCUUCCGACAAAACAAAGGUGGAUUGACGUAAUGAGAACAAACCUAUCACAUGUUUCAACACACACUAAACCAUGUGCUGUUAAAAAUUAUGGUUGAAGCAGUCAAGGCUAUUGUUCUCGCCGGAGUAGCAGCUACAACGGUAUCCAUCGGCUUAGCAUUGGGAAACUUUUUCAUAUUAAAGUCAAGUCUUGAGAAGGAAGUCACUGAAAAAUUUAAGCAGCUUGAACAGCCUGCCGCUGGCAGUCAAACGGCACCACUGCAAGCCCCUAACGAUGGUCAUGUUGGAACCAAUUACAUGGGGGAUUUUGAUCAACAGCAAAGUGGAGAAUUUAAGCAACCUUCUAUGAAGGAUAUUGUCAAUCUUUUGUCUACAGUGAAUAAAACACUAUAUAAAGAUAUCCAGCACUUACAUAACAUGUCUCAACUUCAAAGUAUAAAAAUUGAUUCUGAGCAGCAAAAAAUGAAACUUUUUGAAGAAAUGAUCGGUCGAAGUGGUACAAGGGCUCAAAAAGGAAGUGAAGGUAUGGUUGCGAAGACACAGCUAGGAUCUGAGGCGAAAACGGAGAAAAAGGAAAAUAGCUUGAAAGUUCCAACAAAGGAUAAAAAGCAAAACAAGAACCCGCAAGGACCUUCUCAACAUGAAAGACAUGUCUAUUUCACAGUGGCAUUGACGAAAACAUUAGAAAAUCUUGGUGCAAAUCACGUGAUCAUUUUUGACAUGGUUUACAGCAACGAGGGCUUUGGAUAUGAUAUUCCAACAGGAAUAUUCAAAGUUCCAGCCACCGGAACCUACCUUUUCAUGUUUUUUGUCGAAGCAGUUAAUGAAAAAGGCAAGACAGCUCAUGUCAGUCUUGUUGUUGAUGGUCAAAAUAAAGCGACAGCGCUCGCAGAGGCAUGGCAUAAUGGACAGGAUGUGACGUCAGCUAAUGCAGCUCUCACUCAUUUAAAAAGAGGUCAGAAAGCUUGGAUUCAAACAACUGACUCGACUAAUAAACAAAAUGACAUUGAUAAAAGGAAAACAACGUUUACUGGUGUUUUAUUGUUUUCGUAAAUUUUAAAUCGGGUAAUGUUAUGGUUCUCUUUUGAAUGGACCAAGCGAAAAAACAGAAAAGAAAAUAGUUAUUCAUUUGGUAUAAAAAACUUUAGACUUUAUUUCUUCUAGAUAUCCUGAAGAACUAAUAGAAAAUAAUUUAAGUUUUAUAUUCCAUGAGCCAUCACUUGAAACUAAGCUGCCAAAAUAUAACCUACCCCUAAGGUUUAGUGAGUCAGGAGUAAGAAAGUAACUGAAAACAUAAGCGAAGUUUCCGGCCACGAGAGCUUAACAAUCUUAAGUUUCAGAUUUAAUGAACUAUCAGAAAGAAAUUAUCUAAAACAUUAAGAGAUAAAUGUUUCUUGAGCCGACAAUAGAAACCAGACAAAACAUGAAACUAACUUAAGUUUCCGGUUCUAUAAGCAAACAAAAUGAAACCUCCAAACUGGUGCCUCAUUCUCCGGAAGCUUACGGCAGGAAACUUACAAUUGGCAAACAAAAACACCAUCACUUUGUGAUCUAUGUGCGAUCAAAUGGUACCUGGCCUAAGUUCCAGGUUAUACUGGGCAACAGCAUUAGUUAACAAUCAGGAAAACGUGUCUACAGUGACUUAUGAAUCCAUACGCCAACAAGAUCAAACUCACUGAAGCCUCAUCUUGCAUUUGGCAAAAAUAUGAAAUUAAUGAAAAUUGUGUGUUUGCUGAAAACAAUGACAGGGACCAAAUAGGGAUAGCUGCGUUCUAAUAACGAAGUCUCUCUAAAAAAAGACCUACAGCAGUGUAUGUAUGGGUGUAAAAUGAUUCACAUCCACAUAAAAGUAUACAGACAACGUAAAGCAGGUACAACAAAUGAAGGAAAACGGUGGUUCACCGUCUUGGAACGGCCAGAAGCAAAAUCCGGUUGAUGGUACAUAAAACCUUACGAAACGAAAAUAAAAUUACCGGUAAUGCAUGUCAGGCGAAUCCUGUAUAAACGUAAAAAUAACAAAAAAGCACCCUGCGUAUAUCAUAGAAAAUACCACUUGCAAAUCUGAGUAAAAAUAAAACCCAAAAAAGCAUAUACGCAUGACCAGAGCAGCAAGAUAAACGCAAUCAAUUAAAGGUCCGCCGAAAUAGAGCACAAAAUAAAUAUACAGGUAGCUCAGCCAUAAAAUAGUCUUAAUAAUAUUCUGAAUAUAAUAAGAAACAUGACAGCAAUAAAACUCAAACUAAAGAUUUGUCUGCUGUGAGCCAAGAAUUUGAAAUUAACUAAGAGCUGCAGCCUGUCUGACGUGGCUGGUUGAUGUUUAUAUAGCGCUUGAGAAAAGCCUACUUUAGUAAAGAAUAAAAAUCAAUACUGUUUUUAAUUGAUAGAUCUUUUAAUUUGAUGAAAAUCAGCAAAAUUUGAUAAAAACGUUGUUCCUCGGUUUGUAAUCGACUUUUACAAGGUGAUAUCAGUAUUAUAUAUGCAUAAAUGUCACUAACAAAUCUCUUUCAUUUUUACAUGCUGUCAUAAUUACCCCACCAACUUUAUUUUAAAUGGAAAAAGGAGCUGCGUUCAAUAACCGAUUGAUGCCCCCGGUGGCAUCCUUUUCGAUACAAAGCAACCUAAGUCCAAAACGAGGUCAAGUUCAAUGUCAAGGUCAAACUGAGGUCAGGUGAUGUCUGAAGAUGAGGAAUGGUCACAGGUUACAUCUGCAUUAGUAUCAAGUCACUCUAGUAAGGGGUAUUGAUGCUAGACGAAACGGUCCCAUUUGGUUAACCAAGAGAUGGCCCAUACAAAGCAACCUAAGUCCAAAACGAGGUCAAGGUCAAGGUCAAACUGAGGUCAGGUGUUGUCUGAAGAUUAGACAUGGUCACAGGUUACAUCUGCAUUAGUAUCAAGUCAUUCUAGUAAGGGGUAUUGAUGCUAGACGAAACGGUCCCAUUUGGUUAACCUCGUACGGACGGACGAACGACCGGACGGACGGACAGGACAAUCACUAUAUGCCUCCCGCAUCAGUAGAUGCCGGGGCAUAAAAACGUAUUUGAAUCUAAAAAAAUCUGAUGUUCAUAUUUUAAAAAUAUUUUGCAGCUUUAAUGAUGCUUCAAAACGGAAAGAAAAAAAGAUUUUGGUCACCGUGCAUCUAAGAGAUUUAAGUGUUAUAUGACAAAUCAAUUUGGCUGGAUAUGUAGUGGGUGUUGUAUAAACAAUGUUUCUUUAAAGGUCAUUAUGAAUUUGCUACACAUUUAUUUUGUUACAAAGAGAAGAACUGGUUUCUUGUAUAUAUAGCAGAUUAAGUAGGGAAUUUUAAUCGACUAAUGCACAUGUGUGUUAUAAUUUUAGCAUCUGAUGGUAAACAAAUACAUUUCUUUUGUUACUCAGUGGGCAAAUAUAGUAGAACAGUUGUGGUGUUACUUAUUGCAAUUCACAUGUGAUGUUAUAGAUGAUAUGUAUUUUAGUUAUAUUUUAAUGAAGUACUUUGAAAAGUUUAUAUCAGUGCAGAUUCUUAAUUUUGGUAGGAUCAAUACUACUUUUUGUCUGUUAUAUCUUCUGAUAUAUACGAGUGCAAUUAUCAGUCUACCACAUAUUUGUUAUUGUGAUAAGUGUCUUAACCAUAGGCUGAUCACUACCAAAUUGAAUGUAAGACUCCGCAGGUCUAUCACAAGUAGUCCAAAUAUAAAUAGUACUAAUCUUUUUUCCUUUCCUAGUGCAUUUUCUCGGCAGCAACGUGCUUACUUUUACCCUACCGCGUUUCAGUAUGUAUCACUUUGCAUUGUAAUGAAAUCGGCAUGUUCCUAUCGCAUGCUAGAUAAAAAUGGCGGCGUAAGAAUUUAAUGUCAGGAAAAGAGAAAUUGAAAGAAGCGAAAAGUAGUAAAUUCAGCGGGUUGUAUUUAACGAACUGUAGUUUUCAUAUAUAAAAGUUAACACCCCCUUUUCUUUUUGUUUUUCUAAAGCAGCGAUCUAGUUCUUUAUGGGAAUAUAAGUCUCUGAAAAUCUGAUAUGCUAGAAAAAGUUGAAACACCGUUAUGAAGUGAGUGGAUUUUAUAUGAAAUAAAGAACAGCUGGAUUUAGUGGUGUUCAGCCUUUUACCAUGCUAUAUUUCUAAAAUGGACUGGUCCAUCAUUCAAUUCCAGCAGUUUCAUUUAUUAUUCAAAGGGAUGUGCACUGAACAGUGUCAAAAUCAUAUUAAGACUAUGUAUUUUAAGAGUAUUUUAUCAAAACGAUAGAACAGUUUAACUGAAUCCAUUGCUUGUAUUGAACUCCCUUUAUGGCUCAAACAGUGAAAGAAUACGUGCUACAUUGAAAGCAGUGAUUUUCUGGACAUGUAAUUAUGCGUAUUUUGUCUGUUCUAUCUGUCCAAAAUAGAGUAGAAAGUACUGGACAAAAGGAGCUGACAAGAUAAAACUUCAUUUAAAUAAUUUUGUUAAAAACAUUAGGUUAUAUUUACUCUCCAUAUUAAUUUACUUCCAUUAAAUAAUGUUAAGAAAAAGAAACAGAUCAUCAAUAUAGAUAUUAUAAAAUGAAACAUAUUUAAUUGA